AUGACCGACGUGGGCUUAGUCAGCGGCGGUGCCCGCUCGAAAGCCAUGGCCGGCAACUCGUCUGUGCGCAUCAGUCACGUGCCACUGACGAAAAUCAAGUUUGCCGAAAACGAAAAGGAAUUCAACCCCAAGUGGGCCCAGAAGAAGGCUCUGGACUCGUCGUCGGAUUACUCAUUCGAGUGGAAAGACUGGGUCGACUUGACCGAGGUCACGGGUCUAUUCAGAGCCAUCGAGGUCGGCUCGUGUGGCAAAAACAAACAAUGCCUUAGUAAGCUCCAGGUCACCGGACCCCCGACUCAGGUGGAGCCCCAGGCGUUUUUCAACCGGGUCGGAAAGGUGUUUUUGGACCAGACCAUGCCCAAGCCGAAACAGUUGAUUUAUCUGACCGAGAAAGAGUCACGUGGCAAGCGGGAGGAGCCCGUCGAGAUAGAGUCACAUGUUCCGGUGGUUCGGGAGCCUGAGUUGGGCGACUUUAGCCGAUCGCGUGACGCCAAGUCAAUCCAAAAUGCUAAGCGGGAGGCGACUGAGGAGGCGACUGGUGAGUCAGCCAACGAGGGCCAGUCACGUGACUCCGCACGAGCCUCCGCGCGUGACAUUGCCUUUUCCGAGGCUGACCCCGUGCACGAAGACUCGUAUGACGACGACGAAAACGGAACCAUUCUCGUGCCGACGGCUGAGUCAGAGGAGGAGCUCCAGGAAUACGCAGACAAGGACGCGGCCGCCAAGUCGUACCUGCGAAGCGGCUGGUCACGUGGCCAGAAAUAUGUCGAGCUGCCGCGCGAGCUGUUCACUUGGGACAUUCACGAAGAGAUUGACAAGGGACUGACUAAGAAGAGCGUUGACUCAGACGACCCGUCACGUGAGCAGGUUGCGCACUCGCAGUUUCUUAGUCAGCAUUGGAAACACAUCAAAAAGUCCGGCAAGCAUUUCUCCGAAGCGUGGGUUGUGGGCGACACCAAAGCAGCCGGAGUCCAUUACGACUGGCGAUUUUUCAGCGAGUUAAACACCAUUGACGAGAAACGAGUCAUCUUGCGUAAAUUGGUGCGUGCGUGGCUCGACUUCACGUCACGUGAGGGCAUUAUCACGUGGCUGGCGCAUGGCACGUUGCUGGGCUGGUACUGGAACGGCCAGUCUCUGCCGUGGGAUUUCGACGGUGAUGUCCAGAUGCCGAUCCGCGAAUUCGACCGGUUUGCCCGCCUCUAUAAUCAGUCGUUGGUAAUUGAUGAGUCAGCCGGCGGCCGGUAUUAUGUCGAUGUGGGUCCCUCCUACGUCGAGCGCCUCCGAGGCAACGGCAAGAAUGUCAUUGAUGCUCGGUUUAUCGACGUUGAUAGUGGCAUGUACAUUGACAUUACCGCCUUGGCGUAUGCCGAGCAGCAGGAAAAGUUCCACUGCAAAAACUGGCAUCGGUAUGAGUUGGAGAGCGUUUCUCCGCUGCGUCGGACGCUGUUUGAGGGCAAGGAGGCUUACAUUCCAAACAAUUUCGAGUCCAUUUUGAACCAGGAGUACAAGAAGGCGCCGCUGGUGAACACCCGGUUCGAGGGCCACUUCUGGAACAAGUUUAUCAAAAUGUGGGUUCAGCAGGACCAGUGUGAAAUGUUACAGAUUGAGGAGAAUGUGGACCAGCGGGCAGUGAGGGAAAACGGUGAACCCACAACUUUUGGCGCUUGUUAUCGACCGGAGUAUCUCAAGAGGUAUCACGAGACCCACAAGAUGAGUAAGGCUCAUGAGGGGGAGAUGGAGGCAAUCAGGCAAAAGGCCGAUGUUUGGGAAUGGAUUCGCGAGGAGUUUGAGUAG